CGAAGCAGGUGGUUAUCUUAGGGGGCCACACCCCGAGCCUUUGACCUAAAGGUCUAACCCACAAGGCAGUGGAGCAUCGUAAGGACAUGCAGUCCCAUGGUAGCCGGUGACCAACGAUUGGUUCAUACGCCAUUCGUUCCCGCAGGAUACUGGAGCCCAUGUGCACCAUUGAUUUGGAAUCCGGUUAAAGCGCCGGACAUUCGCUUUUCGUCCUCUCAUUUUCGUAAACAACACCCCCGCCACGAGAAGGCAAUGAGUAGGACUUCCCUGGCAGAGGCUGUAUACGCGUGGCCGUGUGAGAGUAUUUCGAGAGGGAGAGCGGACUCUCCCCACUCUCGGCCGUACCAGGGCAUUCAGGGCCACUUGCCAACUUAAAAUAAUAUGUUCAAAAGAAUGCUAAGUGUUGCUGGAAGAUUGGCCUGCAUCAGCGUCUUAAUUGAUGAUGGGCAGUGAAGUAGUUGAGCGUAUCGACCGCUCCACUUAUUGUGGGGGAUUUCAUCAGUCCUGAUGCACUGGAGUCCGGUAUGGAUUUGGAAAGCUUAGAUGGCUUUUUCCGACUUGGAUCACUUGUGGCGUAGGCGAGGUAUUUGUCUGUCAACCCAAAACGAUUUUACUGUUCGGCAGUCCUAUUUUACUUUAUGGGUGUGAAAUAUGGUCAUUAAGAAUAGAUUAUAUUCGUAGAUUAUUAGCGCUUUAUCACAGGUGUCUCAUAAGCGUCGCUCAUAUAUCUUGCAACCACGAAGUAAGCGAUACUGGAUUUAGGGAUACGGUGCUGGGUAAAGAUUCCAGAUCAAUUGAUGAUGUAGUCAAGAGUUACCAUCUGAGGUAGUUGGGACAUGCGUUGCGUAUGCACAGCCAUCGUUUAUUUUGAUGGAGCGUUGUCUGUUGUGUGAGUAAGUUGGAAGAAAACUGCAAUUAGCAAAACCAAAACGUGGCAUCAGUUCAUUAAGUCAUUGAAAAUUGGAUUAAGUAAUGUUAAUAGGUGUAGACUAGCUGGUUAGUGUCGACGUGGUUGUCGUUAUCAGUAGUUAAGGACUUUGGAUGACAUAACUCGAAAUCGUUUGCGAUGUCGCAGGUGCAUCUUCUUUUUAUCUUCCACAUUCUAAGUUUAUUAAUUCAUAACUUUUAUUUCACUGGUUUAUAUUUCUCGAAUCGUCUCUUCGGUGCCCAAUUUUUUCUGCUACUACCUUUACUACUCCGGAAUUUGCCGUGACAAUUUUAUUUCGCUGUAUUACCGGGUAGGGCAACUUAAACUGGUGUUGAUACGUAUAGGGCAUUAGGUUGCCUUUGACUGGCCGACUUCACAAGAAAAUGAAAAGCUACUUGAGUAACAGAGGAAUCAGCUUGACUAAUGUGGUUUCUAUAAUCAUGUGACAAAUAAAGAUCAGAUUAGGAACUAAGUAGUUCAUGAAAGGAUAUCAGGGGUUUGAGGUGCAAUAACUAGCUCAUCACUCCUAUUUAACAUAGAUGCUAGUCGAAAUCCCAUUUUGGUUAUAUUUCUUGAUUUGACUUCAGUCAGUAACGACAAUGAAUAACUGGAAUAAGUAUUCAUAAUUUAAAGCAGUAUAUAAACAAUAAAGGACAGGUGUGCAAUCAUAUAACAAAGAAUGACCUAGAAUAAAAUAUGAAUCAACAUAAUUCACCACAUUCCGUUUUAGUAAAGUGAGGGAAAAACAAGAGUCGAAACGACAGUACCAUCAGUAAUGCUAAGAAUCAAACGUAGUGAGUACUGUAUAAGAACAAAUAAGUGAAAAACAAAUAAUAUUAAAUUUGAGAUUCUUUGGCUCAAAAGGGACUGACGUCGAGCCCUGUCCAUUAAACUCUACAAGUAUCGCAUCCCAAACAUGUUUGUGGAUAAGCAACAAACGAAUAUUGUGCUUGGUGUUUUUAAUAUAGUUGUAUUUAAAACAAUGUAAUUUGUAAUUACAGGUCAUUGCACGUAAAUUAUGAUGAAUUCAACUCGUCUCUGCUUUCCUCCCUUUCAAUCUUGGGCUAACUGUUAGCUUUCUUGGUUUAUUUAAAAAUAGGAUGUGUUGUUUCACUUUCUUAUCCUAGCCGUGUGUAAAAUACAAGUACUGAAAGGUGGUUUUUUCAUUAUGUUGUGUCGUCAUUCCACUCCCGUUGUCGAAGUGUAGAUUAAUGACUAAUCUCAUUAGGUAACUUUGUCACUAACUUCAGUUUUCGGUAUUUUAAUCUCUAACAUACCCAGACAGCUUCCGUGCAAUAUCACCCCUCUAUCUCCUGUACUAAUUGUGUUUCCAUAAGUAUAUACUUAGAUAUUUAUCGCUCUUUAUGAUCUGAAACAGUUUAAUUAAGUUUUCUUGCACAUGAUUUCAGGAUCGAUGUUAAUAUGCCUAACUCAAAUAUUAGCUUAGUGAUCUUAUUCAUCAAAUGUAUGGGUUAUUAUUUAUUGUGAUAUGGUUCGCAAUAUUGCGGGUAGACAUUAGUAGAAAUCAUCUGAUUCUAUAGCUUAUGGUCGCUUUGUUACCUUUUAUUUCGACUAGUAAAGAAAAUAUAAUAGGGCGGAAAAAGAUGAAUAUAAUUCAGUGAAUUGCUCAGAGAUGCUACCGGUUUUUUUUCACUGUGUUGUGUUAAUAAUCUGACAACAGUAAUAUGAUUUCUUUUUAUAGUUAACCCACCAGUUACUUGUGUGUGAGCUACACUUUUAAGUGUGAUGGAUAGGGACAUUACCCAUCUGCCCAAACCAGCGUGGACGGAAAAGGGUUCAGAUCUGGGAGGUCUUAACUACGAAGCGACGAGUUGUCACUAAAGUCAUUAUCAUAAUAAUAAAUUUUCUCUAUCCAUCUGAUGCCUCACUCUUUAUCUGGUUUUAUCUGUCAGUUAGGUUGCUAAAAUUGUAGCUUUUGUUUAUUGAUUUCUGAUUUCAGAACAUGUUGAAUGCAUUAUUUCGCUUAGUCUAGUGAUGGACGCAGCUUUUUGGAGGUUUUAUAUCAUAAAUUUUACAAACAAAUGAAUUUCAGAUGGAUUUAUGGAAAAGCAUUGAGAAAAAUCUGUCUUGGUUUGACUUGUCGUCGGAGGUGCGUAUACAGUUGAACGAUGACCCAAAGAAGUACGAGGAACAGAUUUUGUUACACAGUUUUCGAAACCAGUUGCGCUACACCGGAAAUAUAGUACAAUUGGUAUGCAAAGUGUUUAGAUAAUCUCAACUUAAGGUCAUAAAACGUGAAAAAAAAUACUACGAGAAACUUGUUGAUUAUGGAAGACAACAUUAUCUCCUAUAUCCUUACCACUUACAAGACAAAAUAGUCCGUGGUUUGCAAAUUACGCAGUUUGUCUACUACCGUCGCAUGAUAAUUGACCUGAUUUCGACUGAAAAGUCAUAUGACUGUCUUCCAAAUUUUACUGCUGCAGAUUGCUUACGUUUGUUGGGAAUUGGCAGAAAUCAGUAUAUUGAGCUUGUUAACACUUACAAGAGUUUCCUGUCGUCAAUAGGUCCUGACGAAAAUGAAAUUCAGGGACUUCUUUGUGACAUUCUGCCGUCACAGCCAAUCGAUAAAGUCAUAUUUGAGCCCUGGUAUGUAGUUCGUAUUGGGUCAGUUAUGUUAUCUGACAUACAAGCAUCUACGGAUUCCGAGCGCAUAACGAUCGACCAGCUUAUAGAUGCUGAAAAAGCAGAUGACUUGGAGGAAUCCAACGAAGUCGGUCCCGGAAUUCUGGUUAAAGAUCUUGAUCAAAAUAUCAUCAAAGGACUUUACCUUCGUGGUUUGGUUUACAUUGAUAUUCCAGUGUCUUGUGACGACAAGAUAUGUGUCCCUACACUUGAGGGCUUCGUAAUGAAUCGUAUCAGUGGAGAUAUUAGAGAAAAUCUUUUAUACAAGAUUUUUGUCACUGCUGAUGAGAAUACAUCAGUUAGUGAACUAGCCGAGUGUCUGCAGGUAGAUGUGAAUUCAGUAAAACAAGCUGCUUCUAUAUUUUGUCGGUUGGGGUUCGCUCAAAAACGGAUUGGACGUCUGGAGAGUCGAACACAGCCUUUUCAAAUUCCAAUAUCCAUUGAGGAGUCUGAUACGCUGCUACACACGGAAAACUCAGUUGUCGACGCAAACUUAGAUUCCUUUCCAUCUGUAGAUGAUCACCCUCAGCAGAAAAAAAAGUUGGUUCUGAUAUUUGAUUCGACCAUCACAGCUUAUCUCAUGAUGGGCAAUUUAUCACCCAACUUAAAGCCUCAUGCAGUUACAAUGUUUGAAGUCGGGAAAUUAUCAGAUGAUUCAUUGAAUUCUUUCAUAUUUGAAUUAAACCAUCUUGCUCCUGUUUCAGAAGGUGAAGCCGGAGUUUAUCGCGAGUAUGCUCUGAAUUUAAGAAAAACAAUCCACUUUUUGCGUAGUCAGGCUUCAUUAGACUCAACGGACUUUUGUGAUGUGGAUUUAAUUAGAGGUGGUUCGUUGUUAAGUUUAGAGGCUGAAACACGCAUACGAGUUUUGCGCAAAAACUAUAACGUAGUUGUGAGCCUUAUUCCCUCAACAUAUGAAGACCAGCAAGCUUCUGAUUCCCAAUGGCCACCACAUUUGGGGCCACCUAUAUCAGAAGCUAAUUCUCCGUGGUUUGGUCUUUUUAUUUCUUGUAUCGCAAGCAAUACAACUCAAAGAAAACAGAAUCCCAGUGUUAAUGUAUUGCCUACUCUUUUGAUAACAUGUGGUACUAGAAUAUCUAGACUUCCAUUACCUUUACGAGGAAUUUCACGCUUCUGGCUUACUGCAUGGGGUCAUGAUGCUGUAGUGGUAGACUCAACUAAUUUUUUAACCACAGCAAACGAUAUGCUUCUAUCAUCACCUGUACUUAUCCAAGCUAUCGAAAGUUAUGAAUUUGAAGAAAAUUUAUCCCAGAGGUACAUACCUUUACCUAUUUCCAAGGAAUUCCUACAACAUUCAUCCAAUUGUGUACCAGAAUUCAUAAUACAUCUUAUGAACGUUAUCGAUUUAACCUAUGUCUCUGGAUAUAUCAUAGUACUGGCUCCAUUGAACAAGUGUGAACACUACCAAGAUCUGAAUAAACUAGCUUCAGAAGACCAAAACAUUCUAUUAACUAGCACAGACUCCAUUUUACAACGCGAUCAACAAAAAAGUGAAUACAAUUGUUCUAGGAAAGCUGUUUUAGUGGAAAAUGAAUUGCUCACUAUUAUGAAAGAGCAUAAACCAAUCUAUUUCAUUACUUUACGUCUAGGUUUGCCCAUUUUUAACAUGGAAUUAAAUCACGCAGUUUGUGCUCAAAUAUCUAAUCAGAAUUUACUAUCCACUAAUAACCGCAAUCAUCUUGAAGCUACUAAUCAUCUACUUGUUGAAGAAUUUACAAAAUUUAUUUUUAAUGACUGUUCAGGUUUGUUACCUAACCAAAACCAAUGUAGUUAUUCAACCCUUGUUACCAGUUCUGGUGGUAAUUUUCCUGAUACCUGGCCCCUUCCUACAAAAAAUAUGAUGUGCGCUAAUGGUAUUUUGUCAUUUUUUUAGUCUUUUUCGCCACACCUAAUAAUAUUUAAUCUGCAAUUAUUUUUGGUUGUAACGCGUACAUAUCUAUUUCGGUCAAAUGAUUUAAUCGUUUGAUGAACACUCAUUUUAAGUUUUUUGCGUGGAUUAUCUGUUAUUCAGGUAUCACUUAGGUUUUGUCUUUUUCUAUUUUUAAUUUCUACCCGUUCUUUCGUAUUUUUUAUUUCACCCUAAAAAUAUAUUGUCAUACAUGUGACAGCAGU